CGCCUAAACCUCUUGUGAUGAUUCUCACACUCAACUUCCAAAGAAACUUCCAUCUCUCUCUUAUAAUCUAAUCAUGGCAAACACUCUGGCUCUUCGACUGGCUGGUUUGGUGGUGCUGUGUAUGGUGGUGGGUGCGCCCAUUGCCCAAGCUGCAAUCACUUGUGGUCAAGUGACAAGCAACCUCGGACCAUGUAUAAACUACCUCAAAUCUGGCGGGGUUCCAGCUGCGGCUUGCUGCAAUGGAAUCAAGUCACUUCAAAAUUCAGCCAAGACCACAGCUGACCGCCAGACGGCCUGCAAGUGCCUCAAAACCGCUGCAUCAUCCAUCUCAGGCAUCAACUAUAGUCUUGCAGCUGGCCUUCCCGGCAAGUGCGGUGUUAGCAUCCCUUACAAGAUCAGCCCAUCAACUGACUGCAACACCGUGAAGUGAGUUCGUGCAGAGAAGCCAUAUUUCUCGGAAAAUAAAUAAAUUAUGUUGAAUCGAAUAAAGUGGGUACAAUGAGUCUGUACCCACCAUUUUAUGUAUGAAUCGUGCGUGAUAGACACUACUCUAUUUUAUAUAAAUUAUCUCACCUAAUUUUCUUCGUAUUGAA